AUGCUUUUUAAGCAAGUAAUUCAGUUUAAUAGAAUCGUUAAGCGCGGCCGAAGCCGUCUAAGAAAUCUUCUUUCUGCUUUAGCUAUUGCUACUGCUAUAAUUACGGCGGCUACGGCGGCUAUACUACGCACUCUUACCUUCGAAGCUUCGCCCUUUCCUUUAGACCUUUUUACUAAGCGCUUGCUUAUGCUAACGACCGUUAAAGCUUUAAAGUGCAUCAACGUCAUUCGCUAUCUCCGGUGUAUUAAAAGUAGUUAUAGCAAUUGCACCGCUGCUUUUGCCGCUGCUAACACCGCUUUCGAUAAUUUCCUCGCUUUAAAUGCUGCCUUUUCAAGAGGUGCUGCUAGUAGUCCGGGCAAUCUAGCAAAUAAAAGUGAAAGUUUUAAAAGUAGUCUCGGUAGCCUUAUAGGUUUUGCUCUUGCUCUUAAAACUUUCAAUUUGAAUAUAGCUUUUAUUAGAUUGAAUAGUUUUGUAAUAACGAACCGUGGUCCGAUGACUCGAAGCGCUUCGAGCAUAUCACCCUUUCCUCUUGCGCUUGCCGCCUUUAUUGCUCUCGUCGCCUUCGCUGCUUUCGUCGCUCUCGCAGCUUUCGUCGCUUUCGUCGCACUUAUUAUCGUCGCUCCUUUUGCGCUAAUCGUUGCGCUUGCCGCUCUCGCGGCGGCGCCCGCCGUUGCUAUAACUCUUGCGGAGCGCCGGGCUAAAGUAAAGAAAUUGCUAAAAGCUCUAGUCGAUCUUUUAUUAUAA